AUGGAGUCUGGUCUCGUUCGCGUGGAUCUUCCUCGUCAGACUCCAGUAACGCCUGCGACUUCUUCUGCUCCUUCAGCUCACGGAUCUGGUGCAGCUGGUCAAGGAUGUUAUCCUCCAGAUCGGAAAGAACCGGCCGGAAAACCGGCCCAAGCGGACGUGGAUAUUGUCUGUUCGUUUUUCCAGUUGGACCAGCAGUUUUUCUCGCAGCCCGAAGUGGUCGAGAAGCUGUUGGCGAAAGUGAACGAGUUCCAAGAGCUGGGGGCCUCGAAACAGGUGUUGGAGCUCGACUAUGAGCAGUUUAGACACUCUGUUUCGAAGAAAAUUGAAAAACUCACCCAGGACACUGACACAAAGACUAAGGAGGCCGAGGAGCUUCGAAAACAGCUGGAAGUUGUCCAACAGGAACAGUCCCAGACGGACGAAGCCGACAAGGAGAAGGACCAGAAGUUGGCCGAGCUCGAGUCACGCGUCGCCCAGGAGACAGAAAACAAGGCCACCGCAUACCAAUUGCUCGACAAAAAACAGCAGGAGGUGGUGGAAUUGGGCCAGGAGAUUGGCCGGCUGUCUCAGGUCAACAAGACUCUGCGCGACCAGGUGUUUGAGGCGGAAAGUGCUAAAGAAACUGCAUUAUCGGACUCCCUUAAGGCCAAAUUUGAGACUACGAGGUUGGAGCAGGAACUUCAAUUGACCAAACAGACGUCGUCGUGGUUCGAGGCCGAACUGAAGCGCAAGGCUGACGAGUUGGCUCGUCUGCGUGAGGAGAGUCGGAUCGAGAAAACGGCUUUGCAGAGUGGCCUGGAGAACCUGAAACAGGAACACUCUGUGGCGAAAAGUUCUGUGCAGAGUCUUAGCGACUCUCUGAAGGAGAUCAGCGUGAAACACAACCGCACAUUGGUCGAGGUGAAGAAGCUUACCGACAAGCUUGCGUCGCAGCAGCAGGAAUUUGCAGAGGAAAUGGCUAGUAAAGACCGGCUCAACAAGCUGUUGGAAAAAUCGGCCGCCGACCGCAAACAAAGAAUCGAAGAGCUCGAGACGUUGUAUUCUGAGCUGUGUGAAAAAGUUGCCAGUGAAGAAGCCGACUACAAACACCAGUUCGAGACUUUGCAAGGACAAUUGACUGCUAAGGACCUGGAAUUAAGAGAAAUGGAAACCACGGUCGCCAACUACACGGAUCUGGACACCACCAAUGUUCUUGGAGAUCUGGGUAGAGGAAAUAACAUUACUUUAACUCCAUCGUCACAAAAAGUUAUAAAGAGCAUGGGAGACAACUAUUCGGUGACUGAACUGAUUUCAGAGACUAACCGUUUGCGGAAAGAAGUUUCCAAAGAGAAACGUCUUCGUACUCGAGUUGAGACGGAGUUGAGCACCAUUUUCAAAGAAUUGGAGGCCAGAUUGCCGCUGCUCCAAUCGUACAAGGACAAGUGUGAGGACUUUGAAGCCAGACAAACGCAAUUGAGCGCCAUUGUGGACUCCAUGAAGAAAGAGAACAGUGUUCUUGUUGGCCAAAAUGAUGCUUUGCGCAAGAAACAGGACGAGACUCUACUACAAGUCCGUGAGCUGUCCCAAUACAACACCGACCUGAAACGACAGGUUGGUGUUCUUCUUGCACAGGUGACUCUACGUGGAAUGGGAGACGAUCCAUUGACCAAGGCCGAGAAGGCGCAGCUCGGGGACCUGGUGGAACAUCCAGAACAAACAGAUACAGCGAAACUAAUUUCUGAGAGACUUUCAACGUUCAAGGACAUCCCAGAGUUGCUGGAAAAGAACAAGCAAUUGUUGGCUGUUUCCAGAAAACUUGGCAACGAGCUUGAAAAUGGAGAAAACGACACUCACGACGAGGAAAACGAGGCGUUGGAGAAGGCUUCGCAGGCCAUUCUAAAACUCCAAGAACAGCUGCAACAAACAGAAACUCGUUUGGAGGCGGUGACUAAUAGCAGAGAUAUGCUCCAGAAACUGGUUGAAGGUCGCGAAACGGAGCAUAAUACAUCUUCUGUGGAUGUGACGCGGUUGCAAACUCUGGCUGAAGAACAACAGAAACAGAUGGAGUCUCUUAAACAGGAGUUUGGAGUGACGAUCGAGAACUUGAACAUCCAAGUUCGCGAUCUAACUGCAGAAAAACUCCAGUUGUCGCUCGAUUGGUCGCGCUCGAAGUCAUCGUACGAACUGCUCGAGGAGCAGAACAAGUCUGCUGCUUACUUGCACGAGAUUACCAAGGCCGAAGUCAAGGAGCUCAAGAGAAACUCGGCUUCGUUGCAAGAAAACCUCACCAAGUUGGAAGCACGGAUCCAAGAGCUCACAGAGGAGCUAUUGAGUUCCCGUAGCUCUCAGAGCGGUCUUGAAGCCCGCGUUAAGGCACUUACUGCCGAGAAGUCUCUCUGGCAAAACAUGGAGUCCAGAC